AUGGCCAACAGGGUCGAACUUGAGGCCUUGCGUUUUGAGCGCGUCAUCAGAAAUUGGCCUGUCGACUCAUCGCCCCACGACUCCGCCGCUGAUCGGUUCCCUCUUGCUACCCACACCACGGCGAUCGAGUUUCAGGGUGAGCACCUGUUUGGAAAGGGCCUCAGCAACGUCAACGUGUCUUACUUUGAGUACCACGUCGAUAUGACUCAAUGGAGGCUCAUCACGAAACGUCUCAUGACCAAGAACAACCCGUGGCCUUGGAAUGUCUGA